CCCCCACACUGUAAACGGUGCGUUCACGACUUUUACUUUGAAGGCGGUGUCAUGUUGUCUUGGUGAGCUCCGGGUUGUUUGACAGCGCCGGCUCAGAGAGGAGGAAGAGGAGGAGGAGGAGGAGGAGGCGGAGGCGGCGGAGGAGGGCAAUCCCUGCUUUUAUUUUUCUUUCCAGACCGCCACAGUUGAGCACAAAAAACAAACUUGAACCAGACGAGCUGUGAGUCAACACCUCUCCACCUCGUCUGAGCUGGAGAAACCCACUACUUUUAUCUGAAGACAUUUUUUUUUUACUUUUAAUUUUUCUCAUUGUUGGAAAAAAAGGGAAGGGCUCUGCCAAGAAAAAAACGAAACAAACAAACUACCUUUUGGAAAUGAUGUUACGCUUCAAGUGCGCACUUUACGCACCAUGAACACUUUAGGAUGUUGGAUCAUCUCGCCGCUGUUGUUGUUGUUGUUCCUCGCGUGUUAGGCUUUGUUUCCUUUGUUGCUUGUUGCUUUUUCAGAAGUCACUGAGACCAUGUGUCGUGGCUAAAUACUUUUAAACACGCACGCGCACACACACACACACACACACACACACGCACACAAAAGACUCGAGGCAGCAUGGGGGCCAAACAGAGCAGCCCCGUGUUUGAUGGCAGAACUCGGGCUUAUUCCAGCUCCGAUCUCCCAUCUGGAACCUCCAGCGGAGGGGGACGGAUUGCGGGGUUUAGGUACACCAAUGGACCAGAUGGCCCGCGGAUCCGUUACACUGGCGGAGGGCCAACCAGCUCCGGUCUCAGUAUACCGGCUGGCAGCAGGUCGGGGUCACACGUCCUGAAUCAGAGCCUCGAAGGCACGGAUGGUGACGAGGAGAGCGAGCUGCCGCCCGAGGGCCACAGGUUGCUCAUCGGGUCCCUUCCGGCCCACCUGUCCCCUCAUCUGCUGGGAGGCUUCCACUGUCCUGUUUGCUCCAAGUUUAUGGCACCGGAUAAAAUCGAGAAGCACCUGUUCAUGUGUUUCAGCAAAACGCGGCUCACCUACAACAAGGACAUCCUGUCCAGGGACUCUGGGGAGUGUUCCAUCUGUAUAGAUGAGCUGGAGCAGGGAGACACCAUUGCCAGGCUGCCCUGCCUCUGUAUCUACCAUAAAGGGUGCAUCGACGAGUGGUUUGAGGUGAAUCGCUCGUGUCCGGAGCAUCCCGCCGUUUAGGAGCUGCAGGAGUACGGAUUCCUCCCGCUGUCCAUCGCCGUGUGCCCCGACCUCGUCACAACGCCGCCCGUUCCAGCCGAGCAUCAGCGCUCCUCAGGGAUCGCAAGACAUUGUUGUGCGCAAACUUUUUUUUCACAUAGCCUCACGGAAUAGUGACGUACCUCGGAUAUGUUUUCUCUCAACGUCGUGGGACAUUCAAAGAACCGCUACUCGAGAAAUACUUCCGCCCGGAAAAUAUGUGAAUGUUCCUCGUGCCUAAAGUGGGUUCAUGAAACGGGAACAGGGUGUGGUUUCAUAGCAGAAGACUUGUGUAUCCAACCCGUGGAGAGGAUGACGUCUCCUUUCAGACGUGACCAGAAGGCUGGUGUUGUGCAAUGUACUGUAUACAAAAAAAACAGCGAUUCAGAGUUAAAAAAAAGCCUUUUUUUUCAGCUUUAAGGGAUGAUUACAGUGUUGAUCGUAGUUAGGAUUUAGAUCUUAAUUUUUACCGUGAGAAUUGUCAAACUGUUGUCAAACAAUCAUGUGUCCUCGACCAAAUAGUCUCACGUGAAAUAGACUUUGUAAAUCAUUUGUCCGUUCGGGACCACGGUAAUGUGAUUGUGUAGUUCAGUGGUGGAAUGACAGAUAGGUUUCGGCCUAUCUGAUAAUGAUUCAUCCUCUUAAGGAGUGCCAUAAUAUGCUGCUAUGUCAUAGACUGGAAUGUUUUUCUUAUAACCUUGGAAACUUUUGUUUCUUGUUCUUUCUAUUUGUACUGUCAGGUUUUGCACAACAAUAAAUGUUUUGUCUUUGUGUCUCGA